AUGGCGCAAGUCAAACCUCAACACUAUUGGCGGCAGCUCCGCUCGGUUCUGACGGCAGGACAAUGGGACGCGUCCAUGCCAGCGAAGGACUACCACGGCCGCCUCGUUUCGUGGUCAGAUCUCUUGCGCAAGUUUCACAAGCAUUGUCCCGGGCACAACGAGGUCGCCGAGCUCGCAUCGCAAACUCAGGCGCUCUCUCUGCUCCUCUCCGCCAACGCUGAAGGCUUGGACGGGAACGAGCCCGGGGAAUAUGGAGUGCUGGUGCUGGAAGAAGAGUGCUUGCUGGCGGAGGAGCGGAUAGAAGAGGCGAUGACGGGGUAUAACACGCUCAAGCAGCUCGAUGCGAGCCGCUCUGAUUCCAUCAAGGCUGCCCUCGCGUACUAUGCAUAUGCACUGCGCAGACCAUCCGAUUGUCUCGACCACCUUGCGCAGGUGAUAGACCUCGCGAACGCUCAACAGGACCUCGCGCCGGGAUCGUCUACAUUAACGGUGACGCUUGAUGCUCCUGAGAGCAGCUCGAAGAGUUCGCUAUCCUCGUCAUGGACCGGAAGUUUCCUUUCCACCUCUGCAAAUCCGUCUAUAGCAGACAUCAACGAUGGGAGGGCAUGGUGUGCGGUCGAAUGCAUCCGGAGUAUAUGCAUCAAGGGAAUGUCGUACGAGAAGCUUCACCCAGAUGAGCCCGAGCAAGCACUCUCGACUUACCUCCUCGCCUCCCCUAUAAUUGCCGGUGCAGUCUCCGAAAUCCCUACCUCUGUCCCCACCACCUCUGUCGCAGCUCUUGCAGGCCCCGAGGGCUCCUCCUUCGCACUGUACCGCGAGCUCUGGCGGUGGACCGAGCGAGUCCUCCGGCGCGCGAUAGUGCUAGGGGCGCGCCUCUUCAACGUCGUGCGCACCGACGGCACGAACGCGUCCCUCUGGCGACUAUUCGAGCAGUACCACGCUUGCAGCGCACACUGGCCCCCGCAUUUUCGCCCAGAACAUCGCGGCACCGUCGCCGUUCUGCACCUCCGCGCGCUCAUCCUCCGCGCGCGUGCGGCGCCGACACCGAAGCCUGGCGUCGACCGCUCCCACCACUGGAUAAGCACCGCGCGCUCCGUCGUGCAGGAGUACCGCGCGAUCCUGAGCGCAAGCACGACGUUUCCGAAGGCGGGCGAGCGCAACACGAAGGUCGAGGACCUCGUCGACUUCUCUGUCGCCGCGUGGGAGGCGGAUGGUGCGGUGGGUGAGUUCGCGGGGUGGGUCAUCGAUGUGCUGUGGUGGGCGACGCGGCUGACGUUCAACUCGUACCGGAUAUUCCGCCACAUGAGCCGCCUCUUCAAUGUGGGAGGCGAUCCGGAGCUCGCGAAGCGCACGCUACGGCUCUACGUGCAGAUCGUCAGCAAGGCGAAGCAGACGAAGCUCGCGGAGGAUCUGGAUACCAACCCGGAAGACGAAGGAGAGUUCGGGGAGGGCAAGGACACCGACUCGAACGUUAACUGGGUGCAGACUCUGGUCCAAGGCUCUCGGAUGCUCUCGAGGUUGGCAUUGGUCAACGACGAUCCCGUCAAAGCGGCCGAGGAAGCGAGGGAGGCGGGCGAGAUGAUCGAGAAGGCAAAGACACGGCUUAGCAUGGAUGAUAAGCCUGUCCUUGCGGCAGUACUACUUGCGGAAGCCAUAUGGCAUAUUGCGUCAUCGUACACCGAGCAGGACCCCAGGUCGAGAACCGCACAUCUCGAAGAGGCUAUGGCUCUGCUCAAGUCAUCACUGGAGACCCAUCCAACAGCCUCUGUCCACCACCACCUUGCGCUCGCCAACCUCCGCCCAGGUGCCUCACACGACCUUCAAGAAGCCAUUCUUCACGCUCGUGCCGCGGUGGAGAUCGACUCUGGCGAGAUGAGGCAUUGGCAUCUUCUCGGCCUCCUCUUGACCGCUUCUGGAGACUGGCGCGCAGCAAAGGAGGUGCUCGAGAUGGGCGCUAGCGUCGGCGAAGCCGAGCUCGCGGACGAAGACGCAGAUUCCCAGAUCGACGGCCUGCCGAGCAACGAUAGCGCACUCGAAGUCGUUCAGCUCUCCGCCCCGCCGUCCCCUUCAAAGGCGAAUGGGGCGCCGAACGGGCAGACGAACGGGUACUUCGCGCCCCUAUUAGCCAAGCAUUCCGUCGAACUACCCCCGCCGGCGACCCUCCUGCAGCCAACAGGCGACCGUCCGCCAUCCAACCGACAGGAAGCGUUCGAGCACGCGCUGCAGCUGCGGAUGACGCAGCUCACGCUCACCGAGUUUGUGAAGGGACCGGAGGGCACCGGGGAGGAGUGGAUUGAGGUCUUCCAGUGGUUUUCCGAGCGACGGGAGGUCGGCGUGGACGAUCGGAGGAGAUCCAUUGACAGCCGACGACCAUCACAAGAGAUCCGCCCUACGUCGAUGUUCUCUGGCGUCGAGAGACGAGGGAUCAGUCCCAACCCUGGUAUGGCCGCGCCGCCUGGGUUCUCGACGGUGGAGGAGGAGGGCAAGAUUGAGCCGCACCACACUCCCGAUGCGGUUCCCGUCAUGCAAGUCACACCUGCAUCGCCCAUGCACAGCACUCCGAUGUUCUCGCAAGACCAGCUCAACGGGUCGACCUCCCCCGUCGAGAAGAGCGAAAAGUCUCGGCUCUCGAUAGACACCGCGCGCGGGAAACCGGGGAAGAAGGUACGCGAGGCGUUCCUCACCGGUGUCACGAAGAGCCAGAUGCGGGUCACGACGAUCUCGAAGAAGAUCCGGCACAAUGUCGUACGGCACAACAGCACGCAUCUGAAGCGGUCGAAUUCGGCCCCAGAUAUUCACGCAUUGUUAGGCCAAUCGCCGUAUCAAGCGUCUUCGAUCCACUUGCGCCAGCAUAUCAGCAUCUACGCUUCCCAACUUGAUGUGACAUCAGCGGAGGCACCACCACCUCCGCCUUCGCUUCCUCCUCCAGAACCUGUCACGUCUACCCCACGGCCGAAGAGUCGCGUCAUCAAAGACCGCAGGCUACUGAGCAACCUCUGGCUCAUGUCCUCAGCGACAUUCAGGAGAUUAGGCAAGAUCGAGCAAGCGCGAGGUGCAAUCCAAGAAGCCGAGGUGCGCGACGAGAACAACCCGGCCGUCUGGGUGCAGUUGGGCUUGUAUCAUCUCGCGCUGGACGACGACCAGCUUGCGCUCGAGUGCUUCCAGAAGGCGCUCUUCGUCGCCCCGAACGACGUCUCGGCGACGAUCCACCUCUGCCGCGUGUACCUCGCCGCCGCACAGGCACACAACCCCCAGACGAAAGACGACCUGCCCCCAGCGGACCGCGACAACGUCGACCUCGCCGUCGGCCUCCUCUCCGCGCUUACCCGCGGGGGCGGCUGGGACGUGCCCGAGGCGUGGUACUUCCUGGGGAAGAUGUACGGCCUGCAGGGCCGGCGGGACCGCGAGCGCGAGUGCCUCUGCUUCGCGCUGACGCUGUCCGAGGAUCGCCCCUUGCGGGAUCCAGGCGCGGCGGUGGGGUGGUGCUUGUAG